AUGAGCAUUCCUCUGUUUCGUCCCAGCUCCGUUCGCCAAGGGCAGUUUUUGAUAGCUGCGAUACCACAGGAGCUCGUUACCGAGGAUGACAUGAAAACACUCCAUCCAAUCCUGGAGCAAAUCACCUGGUCUGCGAACGUUGCCUUCGAAGGAGAGCACCCCUCCAACCGAUACGAUGGCGGGCCGCUUUGUGCCUCGAAGCAAAAAGUGGCCGGCACGCCGCUGGCCGCAGGACGCCGCUUCUGCUGCAGCGAAAUUAAGGGGGACUGGAAGUGGUCGGAGAAGGUGCUUCGUCUGAUGACCCUGGUAUCCUUGGGCUAUUUCUUGGAUCCUGCAGUGCUGGAUGUGCAGCAGCGGCUGGACGUGGCAUUUUCAAGAUUCAAGGAAUGGAGAUGUCGCCACCGAAUCCCGUGUUCUCAGAAGCGCGUCAAUGUCAGCUUGAUUGUCAAGAAAGUUCACGGCCAUGAUAUGACCGCCAAGGCAUACAAUGGAAGAGUGAUACUAGAAUGGCUCUCGGAUGUAACAAGAGAGGUGGUGGAGGAGGGUCGGCUGCAAGACCCUCGUUUGCCCCUCCUGGCCGUGGCAAUGAAACUUCCACAGCUAUAUCCCUAUUAG